AUGUCUGGCAGAACUCUCAAGGAUCAAACCAACCAACCCAAUGCAGGUAAAACCCAAAGUAGGCAUCAUAAACAGACAUCAACAGCUCCAGUAUCUGCAACGACAACCACCGCAAAUGUGGCGGUGACAUCGGGGUCAACCAACGUACCCAGUCGUGAUGGGGCAGACCUCCAACUUCUUCUGGAGAGGAUGGCUAGGCUGGAAAAUCAAGCUUCUGAGACUGCAGCAGAGAACGCCAGACUUCGCCAGCAGCUAAGCGCAGGUCAAAGCGCUCCAGCUUCACGAGAGAAUGCGACAAGCAACAACAAUGACACAUCCAACAAACAAUGCCAUGCCGAACAGCAAGAGGGUGCACAUAACUCGAGUAUGGGCCACCCAACUACCAAUGCCAGUGCAAGGAAUCUCUUUGAUGAUGAUACCGACCUCAAUGAGUGCAAUAAUACCAAUAUCAUGCAACCUAUCCCAGACAGGCAUUUGGAAGAAGGUCCACCCAUGACUCCAGGAACGCCAUCUUCUCACGAAGUCGCUGCUAAUGCUGGUCACAACUUGAGUCGCAAGGAGCCAGCCAGGUCUCGCAGCACAGCAUCAGGACCAGAGACCAAGGUCCCGAAGCCCAAAGGACAACCAGGCAAGGAUUAUUCCAUUGCUGAGAAGAUGGGUCUGGCUAGAUCAAGAAAGAAACGAGAUCGCUAUAAUGCUCUAUUGCGCAGUGCCAGAGAUUUGACACUGAAUGCAUGCCUUCCUUUCGAACGUGCAUGGCAGGAUAUUCCUGCCGCGUCAAAGGCAACACUGUUUGCAGUAGCUCAUGACAUGCAUCCGUUUCUAAGUCGAUUUGAGAAUGACUGGGCCACUGAGGUGAUCAUCCAGCAGUUCAUGAAGAAUAAAUGCAAGACCCUCUACAAAGCUGGCAGUCUCGAGAAGCCGAAAGGAUAUGACCAUCUCAAAGAGAAUUCAGCCAAGCGAGACCAGUCCAAAUCGUGCAAGAAGACUGUGAUCGUUAUUUAUGAGACGAACAAGAGAGCACAAAAGAGCGCCAAGGAAGGGCAAAAGCGCUUGAGGCGACUUGCAAGGAUGGUCAUUGGAGAUGAGGAGGAUGGGGAUAGCAGAGAGCAAGGGCAGGAUGAGUUCAUCCAAGGGUCAUCCAAGGACGGAUCCAGCGAUGUUGAGACGGGGGAUGGAGCUAAAGGGAACGAUGACGAUGAAGAAAUGAAUUGA